CCGCUGAAGGGGAGCCUUCCCCAGGCCGUGGGGUCCCAGAGCCCUAGUGAGUUACUGUGGCUUCAGGAGCUGAGAGAAGCAGGGAGGAUGGAACUUCAGGACCCAAAGAUGAACGGAGCCCCCCCUGCAGAUGCUCUGGGCCAGAGGCAGGAGCACAAGGGCUUCCUGCCCAGCCAUCGUCCUGCUCCUGGGAGAAAGCCCAUCGAGUUCAAGGAUUUCAAGGGGAAGACAUCAUUUGGGAUGUCCGUGUUCAAUCUCAGCAAUGCUAUCAUGGGCAGCGGCGUCCUGGGACUGGCCUAUGCCAUGGCUCACACAGGUGUCCUCUUCUUCCUGGCUCUGCUGCUGUGCAUUGCACUUCUGUCUUCAUAUUCCAUCCAUCUCCUGCUGACCUGUGCCGGUGUUGUAGGCAUCCGAGCCUACGAGCAGCUGGGACAGAGGGCACUGGGACCUGCAGGGAAAGUAGUGGUGGCUGCGGUGAUCUGUCUGCACAAUGUUGGGGCCAUGUCCAGUUACCUGUUCAUCAUCAAAUCCGAACUUCCUCUGGUUAUCGGCACCUUCUUGGACAUGGACCCCGAGGGGGGCUGGUUCUUGAAGGGAAACCUCCUCAUCAUCAUUGUCAGUGUGGUAAUCAUCCUGCCACUGGCCCUCAUGAGACACUUGGGCUACCUGGGAUAUACCAGUGGUCUCUCUUUGACCUGUAUGCUGUUUUUCCUCAUCUCGGUCAUCUAUAAGAAGUUCCAGCUUGGCUGUGCUGUAGGUCUCAAUGAGACGGAGGUGGAGAGCAAGAGCCCCACGGCCCUUCCCAUCCAGGGACUCAACAGAAGCUGUGAGGCCCGUAUGUUCACAGUUGGUUCACAGAUGUUCUACACGGUGCCCAUUAUGGCUUUUGCCUUCGUCUGCCACCCUGAGGUGCUGCCUAUCUACACAGAGCUCUGCCGGCCCUCCAAGUACAGAAUGCAGGCUGUGGCCAACGUGUCCAUUGGAGCCAUGUUCUGCAUGUAUGGACUUACCGCGACCUUUGGAUACCUCACUUUCUACAAUAGCGUGGAGGCGGAGAUGCUGCACAUGUACAGCCAGCAGGACCUGCUCAUCCUCUGUGUGCGCCUGGCCGUGCUGCUCGCCGUGACUCUCACUGUGCCAGUCGUGCUGUUCCCUAUCCGCCGGGCCCUGCAGCAGCUGCUCUUCCCAAGCAGAGACUUCAGCUGGCCACGACAUGUGGCCAUAGCCCUGAUCCUGCUUGUCUUGGUCAAUGUUCUUGUCAUUUGUGUGCCAAACAUCCGGGAUAUCUUUGGGGUUAUUGGGUCCACUUCAGCCCCUAGCCUCAUCUUCAUCCUUCCUAGCAUCUUUUAUCUCCGCAUUGUACCAUCCGAGGUGGAGCCCCUCUACUCCUGGCCUAAGAUCCAGGCUCUGUGUUUUGGUCUCCUGGGGGUCCUCUUCAUGGCGAUCAGUCUAGGAUUUAUGUUUGCCAACUGGGCCACAGGUCAGAAACCUGUGUCUGGGCACUGACCAUCCCCUGCUCCUCCCUGGGCCCCCAUGCACAUGCUCUUUUGCAUGUGGAAGAAGAUGAAGCUACUCUCCAGGGUCCCUCCUGCCUGGGGUGUGGAGGUGGCUGGUUCCCAUUAACAUAGCUGUUGGAGGUAGGGGGUCGCAGAGGGUGCAGAGUGGUCCACUUCCCUCCUCCCCAGGGAUGCUGAACUUGGAUCAUGGCCCUCAUCCCAACCCCACGGGAGGAGGAGACCAGGUCCUUGGAAAAUCCCAGCCCAGCCCAGUCCUUUCUGUUUCUCCUGGCAGAAGCUGUUUGUCAGGAUCACCCUUAAGCUAAAGGGGAAGAAUAAAGAUGUUGCAUUCAA